AUGCUUCCAAGUAAAAGAAAGGAUACAUAUUCUUUUACCGAGUGUUCUUCAAAGAGGAGAAUAUCAAAUAGAGAUAUCACAAUGGAGGAUGAUGAUAUGUCAUCGCCAAUUCCAUCACCAACUUCAAGCAAUCAUUCAUUUAUGGAAAUUGAGCAAUCCAUUAUAAAUGAACAAGAGUACAUUGUAUUUUGCAUCGAUCUCGAUGAAGAGAUAAAUUCUACUUUCAAGCAAACGGUACCACGUCUCGAUCACAUUAAGAAAGCGUUGUCACUGUUUGUGAGAAGCAAACUUAGACUCGAUCCAAAUACAAAGUUUGCCAUUUGCAUACUGAGAGUAUCUGCCAUCUGGUUUAUGGAUUUCACAAGUGAGUUCAAUGAGAUCAAAUCUAAACUCAACUCACUCAAACACGGUGGAAAAUUCAACGCAUUUGAUAUGACAACUCUAUUUGAUACACUUGAGAAUACCUAUAGACAAAUUGUAGAGUCCAAACAAUCUGUAAGACUAUUGCAAACCUCACAAUCGUCAGGUCCAUCCACUCCUGUUCCAAUGAGUUGGAACUUACGAGUCAUUUUUAUCUACUCACGAUCCAGCAUCAUUCCACAAUAUCUCGGUGGAACUAACAGUUUAGAUUCCCUAAAGAAGAAUCCAAACUUUUCAUUUGAAUCAAUUUAUAUGUAUCAUAUUUAUCAUACUGAUCAUGGAAAGAUUGUAGAAUCAAUUGGUCAGGCUACAAAGAAUAUUUCAAAGAUUUCCGAUCAAUCGUCAAUUAGAAAGUUUUAUUAUUGUUUUUUAGGAAUAUUAUUCGUACCACCUUCACAAAGACCCUUGACACCAAAGUAUCAACGUUUCCCUGUGGGUCUCAUCAAUGAGAACUUGGAUCGACUCGGUCCAUGUGGUAAAAACAUCAUCACCGGUAAAGCCAACCAACCUCCCGCCUUCUUAUCGCACCAUCUCAUCCAACUUCCUCACAUUCCAGGUCAUCAACUUCACACCCCAUUGAUUUUCCAGAUUCAAACUCAUCAUCAUCAUCACCAGAACCAACAACAAGCACAACCUCAACAACCAAAUCAACAGGCACCACCACAACCACCACAAAAUCAAGUUCCAGCUCUUGUUGUACCAAUUUUACCACAACAACAAGCAGCACCACCACCACAACCACCACAAAACCAACAAGUACUUAAUAAUAUCAACCAACAACCACUCAAUAAUAUUCAACCAAACCCACCACAACAACAACAAAAUCAAACACAAGUUGAACAACCUGCUCAACAACCCCAACAACCCGUAGUCGAACCUCCUGCUCAACAAAUUGAAUUGGCAGCUGAACAAGAAAACAAUGAAAAUAUAGAAAUACUUCAUGCUGAAAAUGAAAACACCAAUGAACAACAACAACAACAAAAUAACAAUAAUUUAAAUAAUAAUAACAAUAACAAUCCCGAUAAUAAUAAUUUACAACAACCAGCUGCACAACAACCAGCUGCACAACCUCCCCAACAACCAGAUCCAGUUGCAACUAUUCAACAACAACAACAACAACAAAACCCACCUAUUCAAAUCGCCUUGCCACAACCAGUUCCACCACAUAACAAUAUUUUCCCUCUUGUAUAUUACCCAUUUUUCAUUCAAAACCCCAACGCCAAUCCAGCACAACCAGAGAACCUCAUUAUUGAUCCACUUCAAAUGUAUAACCCAUAUUCAUUUGUAGUUCAAGGUCAGAAUCCUGGUGUGAUCAAUCCUCAGAUACAACAGCAACUUCAACAACAAGCACAACAGCAGGCACAACAACAAGCACAACAAUUUAUCGCAUCAAAGACCGCCAAUAAACCCAAUCAAAACCUUCGUUCAUCAUCGGAUGGCGAAGACUCUGCUGCACUGCCAUCACUCGGCUCGAUGCUCAAGCCAUACAUCAACAGUCCACAAUUCAGCGAUGUCGUCUUUGUCGUUGGCAAGUCUGAAGACUCGGACGGCGAGUUGAUCUACGGUCACAAAGUAAUUUUGAGUGCACGCUCCAAAUACUUCAAGGCUUUAUUUACAAACGGUAUGAGAGAGUCUGGUACAAAAGGCGAAAUCGUUGUACCCGAUGUUUCAAAAGAUGUCUUUUUGGCACUUCUCUGUUAUCUUUACACUGACGAUCUUACACCGAUGGACGGAUCACCAUCAAUGUCGACCACUGGUUCUUCCUCCUCCUCCAAAUCAUCUAAACCACCAACCUCUACUACCACUACAAACAGUAAUAAUAACUCUGUUGGUACACCACCAUCGUCUUCCACUCCACCGGCACAUGGAUUCUCUUCCACUCUAUUGACAGAGCUGUUGAUACUCGCCAAUCAAUAUAUGCUGGAUGGACUGAAGAUCAAGUGUUGUGAGCUCAUCGGUGAGACUUUGUCUGUCAACAACUUGGUGUCACUCAUGAACCUCGCCAGCAUCCAUGAGGCCACCGAAUUGAAAAACUCGUGUAUACUCUAUUUCUACAGUAACCUUCCAAUCAUUCUUAGGGAUUGUCUCUUUGAGAACGACAGCAACAACGAAGGUUCUGAAGCACUUGGCUUCCUUAUUGUCGACUACUUUAGUAAAGUCUCUAAAUUAUCAUCGACCGACGGCAAAUCAGAUGACUCCAAUAAUAACCCCGAGCUCAGUGCAAAGAAUUUUGAAGAGUUGGCCAUGAAAGAUGUAGAAUUUACUGACAGUCCAACUUUUACUGUCGGAACUAUCAGUGGACAAGAUGCCCCAGUCAGUAGUGAUGGUGGAAGCGAUGGUCGUCACCACCACCUUCACCAUGCAGGAAGCAGCAGCAGCAGUGAUGGUAACUCUGGAACUGGUAUCACUGGUACUGGAAGCAGUGGAAGUGGUUUUGUUUAUUAA